AUGAAAUCUAUUAAAAAAACAGAAUCACCUUGUCUAGAAGACAAAAGGGUUGAAAUCAUACAACAACAAGUACAGAAUAAACAGCCAGCGAAUAUCGCAACGCCAUCUCGCACAAAACCUCCUAAAAAUGAAAGCAUUAAAAUUAAGCUGCGUUACUUGUCUGAAAGUAUAGAAGACAAUGAAGAUCUACCCGAUUGCAAUCACAAUCAAGAAAUGCCAUCAGAUAAUUCGUUGAAGGUGACUGGAGAACGUUUCUUGAUAACGAUUAUCACGACAUUUCGUCAGCCUAAAUCAAGCUGGACCAAUAAAUUUAGUACAUUUGCGUUCAUACUACCAAGAGUAAGAUUUUUCAAACGAGCAGAUGAAAUAGAGAAAAAUAAGGCUGUGACUAAGCAACGAAAUGAGUACAGGACACUGAAGUCCAUCGAUAAAAGUGAAGAUCUCACGAUUAGUAAUAUCUGUCCUCGCGAUGUAAGACCACAGGAUAUAUUCGAAUGUAGGAUCCAGAAGUAUGAUGUGGUUGGUUACGUAAUGCCCUAUGAAAUGGAAGAAUAUACAUGCAGGGAUGAUGACUUUUAA